AACUUCAAUAAUGGUCAAUUUUUGGGAGCGACUCCUCCAACGCUUUCAGAAAGCUUUAAGUGAACCCGGAAUAAUAAACGAUGUGUUGACGAUGGCCGAAAGGAAUACUGAGGUGGACCGGAUCUAUACCGCUUCAGGCGCUAUCGGCUUUCUUGCCGUCUAUUUAGUUUUUGGUUUUGGUGCCCAACUAGUGUGUAACUUAAUUGGAUUCGUUUAUCCUGCCUAUGCAUCGAUUAAAGCAAUUGAAACAAAACAAAAAGAUGACGAUACAAAGUGGCUUACCUACUGGGUUGUUUAUGCAUGUUUCGGCAUUGUCGAAUUCUUUUCGGAUAUCUUACUAUCCUGGUUCCCAUUUUAUUGGCUAGGAAAGUGUACUUUCCUGGUAUUCUGCUUUGCCCCAACCAGAUGGAAUGGGUCUACAAUAAUCUAUCAUAGCAUAAUCCAACCAGUUUUUUUAACUUACGAGUCAGAGAUUGACCAGGUUGCUACUACAUUCAGUCAGGAGGCUGAUCAGGUUGCUGCAAAGUUAACCAAAGCAUUAAAACCAACAUUGACUGAAAGUGUGCAGGCAUUCGAUGCCAGGACAAGUGACAACUAUUUUUAGGGAUAUUCAUAAGCUAUUUACAGGAAUUCAUGGAAUUUGAUUGGCAGCUUCCAGUGCAAUCAGCAUAACUGGGAAAUACCCUCUAAUACACCAGUACAUAGAAAUGUAAA